AUGCCCGUACACUCCCAGUCGCACAUCCGGACUCGCGGGCUCAUUGGUGGGCUCCAUUUAUCGCUGUUAUUCGCCGGUGCUACGAGGACCGUCGCAGUGAACAGCAGUAAAUCACCGCCCCAUGUCGUGUUUAUCCUGGCCGACGACCUGGGAUGGGGCGACGUCAGCUUCCACGGCUCCCCACAGAUCCCCACGCCCAACAUCGACGCACUUGCCAGCACGGGAGUGGUGCUCAACAACUACUACGUGCAGCCGACCUGCUCGCCUUCCAGGGGAGCGCUCCUGAGCGGCCGCUACUGCAUACACAUAGCACAGGUGCCGACUACAGGGGGAGUUCCGGGGCCCGAGCCCACUCCCGAGUUUGCCGGAGGGGCGAGGUCAUCCUUUCGCGUCUCAGGUUUCCAGGACAGCCCCCUGCUGCCGCGACAACUCGGGGGCCUACCUCUCGACAUCAAGAUCAUGCCCGAAUAUUUCAAGGAGUUGGGCUACGAGCCACAUAUCGUGGGAAAGUGGCACUUGGGAUACUAUAGCUUCAACUACACUCCUACCUACCGUGGCUUCGACAGCUUCCUCGGAAUGCACGUCGGUCCCACAGACUAUUACACUCAUGUGCUGAAGUGGCCGUUGUUUCUGUACUUGGCGCAUCAAGCGACGCACGGUGGCGUCGGCCCAGAGCCCAUUGAAGCUCCCAGAGAGAACGUGGCCAAGUUUCCCUACAUCGACGAGGACGACAGGAAGGUUUACGCAGGAAUGACCGAUGCCCUGGACCAGUCCGUCGGCAUCAUCCUGGAAGCGCUGGAAGAGGCAUCUAUGCUGCGCGACACCAUCAUAGUUUUCAGCAGCGACAACGGCGGUGCUCCGACGGGCCCCAUCUCCAACCGAGGCAUGAAUUGGCCCUUGCGCGGAGCCAAGGGCACCCUAUGGGAGGGCGGAAUUCGUGCGGCCGCUUUCCUCUGGACUGCAGAGCUUCUGCAGCGCCGCCGGGUGUCUCACCAGCUGAUGCACGUUACCGACUGGCUUCCCACGCUCUACUCUGCGGCUGGUAGCUCCUCGAGCAUUUUUCCAUUUGCAUCAAUUCUAAGUACGAGGUUUCUGACUUAAAGAACGCUGUCGGCCUGGCGCGCAACAGAACGCAAUAACAGCACAAAAUAACUCAAGCGGAGAUCUGGUUCUGCACAUAAGCAGUGACUAUGUUUUGGUACGCUAAAAUGCUUGGUUGUGUAAUUUCUCAAUUUUCCUAAGAAUUUUUAAGUUGUCGUUCAUGUCACAGUGCUGUAUAUAUUUAUGUAUACAUAUA